AUGCGCCUCUACACACAGGUGCUGGGCGUGGUGGAGAACAUGAGUUACUUCACCUGCCCGUCCUGCUCCCACCGCGCCACCAUUUUCGGCCAUGGAGGGGUCAGGCAGGCUGCCGCUGACUUGGGGAUCGAGUUCCUCGCAGAGGUGCCUCUCCUGCCGUCCAUCCGCAGUCGCUCAGACAGCGGCCUCCCCGUUGCUCUCGGCGCAUCUGCUGCUGCUGCAAGCGAGCGAGAAGGUUGGGCGGCAGAAGGGGCGGCAGAAGGUGCGGCAGCCGUAGGCAGGGCGGCAGAAGGUGGAGAAGUAGCAGAGGAGGGGGCAGAUGGUGGGAGUGGUGGGGCAGAGGCGGCAGUGGUGGCAACAUAUGAGGGCAUGGCGAGGAGGGUGUGGGAGAAACUUGAGGAGCAAGCACAGGCGGGUGGAGGUGUACAGGGGCCAAUGAUAGUUAAUCACUGA